AUGUGGCCGCACUCGGAUGCUUUCCGAGAUAAGGGUCAAAUGCAACGGAGCCAGUCCGUCGUGCUCACGCUGUGCGGCGCGUGGGCUCCAACGCUUUCCUACACAAAGCAGUUAGAAGCCCGCGUCGCUCAGCUCGAAGCCGCCCUGUCCAAUCUGCGAAAUCCGUCUUCGUCCUCCGACGUAUAUCCCCGCCACGAUGCCUCUCCCGCCUCCACCCGGGAAUCCAGCUCCAAGAGUCCCGGCGGACGGAGUCGCGUGAAGGAGGAGGACGAGAACAAGGCCAAUCUGUCGAAUUUCGAGGGCUUGAAUGUCGAACAUGAUGGUCGCAUAUCUUUCCACGGGCCGACCAGUCUGUUCCAGCUCCCUAGUGGUGCAUUGACCGAAGCCUCUUCCACUUCGCAUCUGGGCAUGCAGUUGGAGACUCGGAAAGAACGGCUCAUCAACAAUGCGUGGCGUGAACGCGCGUACGAACAGAUGGCCACGAUGCCGGAACCCUUUCAGUAUUUGCUGGACUCGCACUGGUGCUGGAUCCAACCUUUGUUCAACUUUGUUUAUCGACCGGCGUUUACACGCGACAUGAAAAUCAACGGCCCUUACUAUUCCGAUGCCCUUCUCCACGCUAUCCUCGCCCACUCGGUCCGAUGGUGCAAGUCGGAGCCUCGGAUCGGCCCGAUCCUGGAGCAGUUCGAUGGCGGUGCCGACUUCUCCCAUCGCGCCGUGACCGGUCUCUAUGACUCGCUAAAAGUGGGCCACGUCGACAUCCCCACGAUCCAAACGCUCCUGUUGCUCAGUGCGAAGGAAUGUGGCCGCGGCAACCGCACGCAGGCGUGGUUAUAUAGUGGAAUGGCGUUCCGACUGCUCGAUGACCUGGGCAUCUCGAUCGACAGUCGCACAUAUUCCGACUCGGCUCAUCUGAACGAUGAAGACAUUGAGGUCCGGAACCGACUGUUUUGGAGCUGCUACUUCUGGGACAAGCUGGUGUCGCUGUACUUUGGUCGCUCGCCAACUAUGCAGCACUCCUGCGUGAGUCCCCCGAGAACCAUCCUCGACGACACGGCAGAGGUCGAGAUUUGGACCCCCCACGGCGUCGACUUCCCUGAAGGUACCCAUUAUCCGCCGAGUCAGGCUCAUUCGACUUCAUGCUUUAUGAAGACGUGCGGGCUGGCGGAGAUCCUCAACCAGAUUUUAAUCCAUAUCUACGACCCUAUCCGACAGGUGUCGGAGGCAGAGUUCCAUGACUGCGUCCGCGAACAGGCCCAGAACCUGGAAGGGUGGUGGGAGGAGUUACCGCCGUAUCUGAAGAUGAUACCCGCCGAUCUUCCUCCGUAUUCCCCUCCAGGUCAUAUUGUCAUCUUAAAUUGCCUAUACCAUACUGUCAACAUCCUCCUCCAUCGCCCCAUCCUCUGCUCCAAGAAGAACCGCGAGUCAUACGAGAAAAGCCAUCUCGUCCAGUGUAUGACGUCUGCCACCGCCAUCCUCUCUAUCUUCGACCUGUAUCGUCGCACGUUUGGCGACAGCCAUGUAGUGCUCUCCGUGGCCUACGGUAUCUACACCGCGGCCUCGAUCUUCCUCCUUGAGAUCCAGGCGUUGAAAUACGCCGCGGCGGGGACCCUCGACAAGCUCAAGUUUUGCAUUUACGCUCUGGAGCGGGUCAAGGUGUCCAGCCCAGGUACGACAACACACUCUAUCAACACCCAUAUACAACAAACUAACACGGCGUCUAGUGAUCAACACUGCCCUCAGUCUUAUCUACCAAGAAGUCCAAAGACUUCAAAUUGA